UAGGCGCUGCAACUUGCAAAGCAGUUAGGAUUCAGGAAUGCUCAGAAGGCUCAGCAAAUUACUGCAGUGUAUUGCCUCCUUCCACAUCUUUCUCAAGAAAGGGCUUUCCACUUGAUUCCUUCCAUGGAAGACAUAACUUCUGAAGAACAGGUGAAAGGAAAACAAGAGCUGAAAGAAGCAGGGCAGUCAUGGGAAAAAAAUAUCAGCUCUCUCCAAGAUCCGGAAUCUAAGCCAGCUGAGCCCUCAGGGGUGGAAAAGGGGCCAGAAACUGGAUCACCUCCCAAGGGCAGCCCUCCAAGGAGCCCCCCAUCUAGAGCCAGCACUUCUCUGAGUGACCUUGGAAGGUCACAUGCAUCACCUUCCCCCUCCUCUCUUCAGGAACUUUCUUUUAUUCCUUCUACCCUGACCCUGGCUCCUGAACUAAAGAAUCUUACCACACCAUCCCCUUCAGACAGCACUACCACAGACAUCCCUAAAGCUGGGAUACCUCAUCCUGACCUGCUGGAACAACCACCUGGUAACAAAGAACCAAGUCAUCAUCUCACAAGCCCAUCCAACAUCGGUCAGCAGUUCCGGCAAUCCAGAUCUCACCUGUAUGGGCCAAGGAAUGUGAGCCGUAACCACUGUAAACAAGAAGGGCUGAAAUCUGAUGUUUUUCAGGAGGAAAACUCAAACAGUGACUAUAGUCUAGAUCAGCCUGAACCACAAGUUUUUGAAGAGGCUCCCAGCACCCUGGAGACUGCCAUUCAGAAUGCGAAGGCUUAUCUAAUAAAGACGAGCAGCAAGUCUGGCUUCAAUCUCUAUGAUCAUCUUUCUAAUGUGCUGACCAAGGUAUUAGAUGAACGUCCUGAUGAUGCUGUUGACAUCAUUGAAAACAUUAGCCAAGAUGUGAAAAAGGCCCAAUUUAACAAAAAAUUAGAUACACUACAAAAUGAGAAUGAGAUGCUUCCAACAUAUGAAAUAGCAGAAAAACAAAAGGAUCUUUUUCUCCAGAGACAUUUGGAAGGAGCUGAGCAAGACUCAGAAGAGGAAAUAGUAGAAAAUCCUCUCCCAAAUGUGAUGGAGUCAGCUUUUCAUUUUGAACAAGCAGGAAUUGGUUUGGGCACAGAUGAGACUUUCCGUGUAUUUCUUGCUCUUAAGCAACUCACUGACACACAUCCAAUCCAAAGAUGCCGUUUCUGGGGGAAAAUCUUGGGUGUAGAAAUGAAUUACAUUAUAGCUGAAGUGGAAUUUCGUGAGGGGGAAGAUGAAGAUGAGGUGGAAGAGGAAGAUGUAGAUGAAGAGAGGGAUGAAGAAGAAAGUGAAUCUGAUGAAGGUGAGGAGGAUGGAUUACCAAAGUCCAUUUAUAAGGCCCCACCAGCCAUACCAAAAGAAGAAAACAGAACAGGAGCAAACAAAUAUGUCUACUUUGUUUGCAAUGAACCAGGAAGACCAUGGGUGAAGUUACCAUCAGUGACACCUGCACAAAUUGUUGUUGCAAGAAAAAUUAAAAAAUUUUUCACUGGGCGAUUGGAUGCUCCCAUCAUAAGUUACCCACCUUUCCCAGGAAAUGAAAGCAACUACUUACGAGCACAAAUUGCACGAAUUUCAGCAGGGACUCAUGUCAGUCCUCUAGGAUUCUAUCAGUUCGGUGAAGAGGAAGGAGAAGAAGAGGAAGAACUAGAAGGUGGGCGAGAAAGCUUUGAGGCAAACCCUGAUUUUGAAGGCAUCCAAGUGACUGAUCUGGUGGAAUCUCUAUCCAACUGGGUUCACCAUGUGCAGCAUAUUCUCCCUCAGGGUCGCUGUAAUUGGUUCAACCCUGUGCAAAAGAAUGAAGAGGAAGAGGAAGAAGAGGAAGAAAAAGGAGAAGAGCCUGAUUAUAUGGAACAAGAAGUGGGACCUCCUCUUUUGACACCAAUCUCUGAAGAUAUAGAGAUUCAGAAUAUACCUCCUUGGACUACACAGCUAUCUUCAAAUCUCAUUCCACAAUAUGCUAUUGCAGUCCUCCGAUCCAACCUUUGGCCUGGUGCAUAUGCUUUUUCCAAUGGCAAAAAGUUUGACAAUUUCUACAUAGGCUGGGGCCAUAAAUAUAGUGUGGACAAUUACACACCACCAGUUCCUCCGCCAGUUUACCAAGAGUACCCUAGUGGCCCAGAAAUUACAGAAAUGGAUGAUCCCAGUGUGGAACAGGAGCAAACUUUCAGAGCUGCACAAGAAGCUGCUGCGCUUGAUUCUGAAGAGAAUGAAGAAACUGAGGAAGAGGAGGAUGAGGAAGAUGAUGAUGACUAAGAAUAAAGUUAGCCCAGUUUUAUGUG